AUGUCUUCAGUCUCAGCUUAUUACAAUGGAAAGACCGUACUUAUUACAGGAGCUACGGGUUUCAUGGGCAAAGUACUGGUGGAAAAGCUUCUGCGCUCCAGCCCUGAAGUGAAAGCAGUUUAUAUACUUGUCAGGCCAAAGGCUGGACAAUCAAUGCAAGAGAGAGUGGCCAACAUGUUGAAAUGCAAGGUCUUCGACAGGGUCCGAGAAGAUUGCCCUAAUUUCCAUGAGAAGAUUAAGCCUAUUAAUGCCGAACUCACCCAGCCCAAGCUGGCCAUCAGUGCUGAAGAUGAAGAGGAGCUCCUGACCCACGUCAAUGUUGUCUUCCACUGUGCAGCCACAGUCCGCUUUGAUGAACCCCUGAAGCACGCCCUGCAGCUGAACGCGCUGGGCACGCAGAGGCUGCUGGAGCUGGCCAGGCAGAUGCAGAACCUUGAGGCCUUCAUCCACAUCUCCACUGCAUAUGCCAACUGUGUACGCAAGUGCAUCGACGAGGUCAUCUACCCACCCCCAGCCGAGCCCAAGAAGCUCUUUGAUUUAGUAGAGUGGUUGGAUGAAUCUAUCAUUCAGGACAUCACACCCAAGCUGCUUGGGGCCUGGCCCAACACUUACACCUACACCAAAGCCUUGUCAGAAUACCUGAUUCAGCAAGAGAAAGGAAACUUGAACAUAGCUAUCAUCAGGCCAUCCAUCGUGGGAGCUAGCUGGCAUGAGCCUUUCCCAGGUUGGAUUGACAGCUUCAACGGGACAAGUGGAAUAUUUAUUGCG